AUGACUACUUUGCAGACGCUGACUGUACUGGCUAUAGCCCCAAUGUGCUUAGCUGGUAUACAGUAUGCCCUUCCAAUCAUCAACAGAUCGCCAUGGAGCGUCAACGUGGACAUGACAGAUGCAUACGAGUCGAAUUGCAUGAAGUCGGGUGCUACUCUCAAAUGGGUGGAGUCUUAUAUGGACAGUUGGAAGAGCAUAAGCUUGCGGAGAGACUUUGGCAGAGAAUACGCUGACUAUGAUGUCUAUCUCCAAUACUUCAAGGCCAACUACGAGCUCCCGGAUCUUGGUCAGGGCGACACUUUGCAGAAUGGUCAAGCAACAAUUGAUCCCUACGUCGCGAAUUCUGUAUCAGCGCCCUUCCUCGUCAUAGAGGGCGAGACUGAUGGUGGUCUCUUCUCUGGGUGUAUUGGCUCACACUCUUACCAGGCGUUUGGAGUUACCAUUAAUGGUACCACCACGAAAUACACCUUGAAGAUCCGCCAGAAAACCACUGGACUGUAA